AUGCAGCCUGCUCAUACCAACACCUAUUACUUUAGACUGGAAUGUAAUGAUCUAAAAUACACGUUCAAAACUGCAGGGGUAAAAAUUGAUGUCAAAGAUAACUUUCCUGCACCAACUCUGACUCCAUCCACCCUGGAGGUGAAGGAUGGAGACUCAGUGAGUCUAACAUGCUCUGCUCCGGCUCCUUGUCUGUCUAAUCCUCCAAAUCUGACAUGGACGCCCACACUGGGGAGCAGUCAGGAGACUCUGCAGGAAAAUCAGGACAAAACCCUAGUUAAGACCUCUGUUCUGAACUUCACUGCUUCUUACCUCCAUGAUGGAGAGAAAAUCUCCUGCACCUCGGUCUACAAGAAACAAGAUGGAAACCCUGAUGCCUCUUUUUCCACUGAGUGGAUUUUUAAUGGGCAACCUGUCAACCAAUCUGGGAAGGCUUUUACUAUCAGGGACUCUAGGAAUGGCACAUACCUGAGGAGCAUCAUCACUUUCAAUCAGUCACAGGAGAGGAACAUAUCCUCGUUGCUUUGCUUCAGCUUCAAUUCAUUGGGAUCAGACAGCAAACAGCUUUUCAUAAUGUUCUCUCAGAUUUCAGAGAAUCAAGUUCCUCCAAAGAUCCUGCCAUCUUCUAGUUGCACCGAAACUGCAAAUCAGAUCAACUGUUCCUGUGAAAUCAUGGGAAACCCUCCCCUGUUGCUGUGGAUAUUUAAUGGGCAGCCUGUCAACCAAUCUGGGAAGGAUUUUGCAAUCAUUCCUCCAAAGAUCCUGCCAUCUUCUAGUUGCACCAAAACUCCAAAUCAGAUCAACUGUUCCUGUGAAAUCAUGGGAAACCCUCCCAUGUUGCAGUGGAUUUUUAAUGGGCAACCUAUCGACAAAUCUGGGAAGGUUUUUACUAUCCGAGACUCUAAGAAUGGCACAUACCUGAGGAGCAUCAUCACUAUAAAUCAGUCACAGGAGAGGAACAUAUCCUCGUUGCUUUGCUUCAGCUUCAAUUCAUUGGGAUCAGACAGCAAACAGCUUUUUAUCAGAUCCUCUCAGAUUUCAGGAGAUACACAAGUUCCUCCAAAGAUCCUGCCAUCCUCUAGUUGCACCAAAACUGCAAAUCACAUCAACUGCUCCUGUGAAACCAUUGGAAGCCCUCCCAUUUUUCUGUGGAUUUUUAAUGGGAAACCUGUCAACCAAUCUGGGAAGGAUUUUGUUAUUAGUGCUAUCAGUGACUCUAAGAACAACACAUAUCUGAGGAGCAUCAUCACUUUGAAUGAAUCACAGACGAGAAACAUGUCAUCUUUGCUCUGCUUAAGCUUCAAUUCAUUGGGAUCAGACAGUAAACAGCUUUUUAUCAGAACGCUCCAGAAUGCAGCAGAACUGCAAGAUAAAAAGCAGACGCCUUUGCUCAUCGGCACAACUGUCAUCUUACUAGUUCUAGUAUGUGUUUUGCUGUUCGUUAUCAGGUUUCAGAAGUCUCACCGUUUCUGGGAAAUUAAAACACUUGAAAGAAAAAGGACAAAGGUGCAAAACACAGCUGAGGACAUUGCUUCCAGCACAAUUAAGCUGAAAGAUAACGGAAUUGCCCAUUCAGGUUAUGGUGGAGCUGAAUAA